AUGGCUCCACGGUACCGGGCAUUGCACGCGGUGCUCCGGCUGCUGCCAUAUCACGGCGUCCCACCUCAGUGCCGAAGUCUGAGUGCCCAAGCCGCCCUGGCUCUCAGGAUGGAGUAUCAGGAUGCCAUCCGAACGCUCAAUACCCUGCAGACAAAUGCAAGCUUCUUGGAUCAGGUGAAGAGACAGCGCAAUGACCCGCAGGAACAGCUGGUGGCCAUGAAGGGGUUCCUGGAGCGGAGCGGCCUGCGGGUUGAGGACUUGGAUCAACUGAACAUAAUUCACGUUACUGGAACUAAGGGGAAGGGGUCCACUUGUGCCUUUACUGAGCAAAUUCUAAGAAACUGUGGCCUGAAGACUGGAUUCUACAGCUCUCCGCACUUGGUGCAGGUGAGGGAGAGAAUUCGGAUCAAUGGGCAGCCAAUCAGCAAGGAGCUAUUCAGCAAAUACUUCUGGCAAGUGUACAACCGCCUGGAAGAAACCAAGAGCGAUGACAUGUGCUCCAUGCCGGCUUACUUCCGCUUCCUGACCAUAAUGGCCUUCCACGUGUUUCUACAGGAAAAGGUGGACCUAGCCGUGCUAGAAGUUGGGAUUGGUGGAGCCUACGACUGUACGAAUAUCAUCAGGAAGCCCAUUGUUUGUGGGAUUUCUUCUCUUGGCAUCGACCACACUGCCAUCCUGGGGGACACCAUUGAGAAGAUUGCCUGGCAGAAAGGUGGCAUAUUCAAGCCAGGCGUUCCAGCGUUUACUGUGCCCCAACCCGCUAGCCCUCUGGAGGUGCUAAAAAAUAGAGCCCAGGAAAUUGGGUGCCCCCUUCAUAUGUGCCCAGACUUGGCAGAGUACGAGGAGGAUGGUAUCAAACUUCAUCUUGGUUUGGCUGGAGAUCAUCAGAGAAGCAAUGCUUCCCUGGCACUGCAGCUAGCGCAAACAUGGCUGCAGCAUCAAGGCUGUCAAGGUUUUGGAGAUAUAAAAAAUCCAAGCCAGAAAAUUCCUAAAGCCAAGUGGCCUCUGCCCCUGGCAUCUGUUUUACAACCUUCUGUUCCGAUGGUGCAAGGGUUACAGCAUACGAUAUGGCUGGGGCGUACACAGGUCCUACAGCGCGGGCCCAUUUCUUAUUACAUUGAUGGUGCCCAUACCAACAGCAGCGUGAAGGCUUGUGUCAGAUGGUUCCAGGAGGUGGCGCUCAAUGAGGAGAAAGCUGGAGGAGGGUCUGUGGUGCGGGUGCUGGUGUUUAAUGCCACUGGAGACAGGGACACUGCUGCUCUGUUAAAACUUCUACAGCCUUGCCAUUUUGACUAUGCUGUCUUCUGUCCCAACAUCAGUGAGAUGUCCGGAGUAGGCAUUGCAGAUCAGCGGAAUUACAAUGUGACUCUGGAGAACGUCCUCACGCGAUGUUUGGGGAAUCAGAAGACAUGGAACCUUCUGAUGGAGGAGAAAAUCUGUUCUGAUCCUUGGAACUCCUCCCUGCCGGUUGAUACUCUGAUUAAGGACAGCCCACGCGGUGCAGCCCUGCUCCUCGACCCUUCGUCAGAGCGCCUUUUAAACUGUAACUCCCUGGUGUUCCCCUGCAUCUCGCAUGCUCUCCAGUGGGCCACCCAGGGUAGGGACCCGGAUUUCCCUUGUCAGGACAUCAGCCUUCUCCACCACCAUCCCGUUGCCAGUUCUGGCUCCGUCCUGCUGCAGGAAGCUGCUCAUGUUCAGAUUCUCAUCACUGGAAGCCUGCAUCUCAUUGGGGGUGCUCUGAAGCUGCUCGAUCAGUCCCUUACUGAAUGAAGGAUUGGGGUUGUCAGUCUAUAUUACAUACUGUUUACUUGAAGGGUGGACGCCCCUGCUGCCUGACAUGAGACUUUUUUCCCUUUUUAAAAAAAUAAUAAUAAUAAUCUAUAAAAUAUUAUUUUUGAAGAAACGAUCACUACACUCUGAGCACUAGUGGGAAUUAAACAGUUACCUCGGGUCAUCUCUUUCAAAAGGGCUGCUAUUUUACAUGUCACAAAUAAUCAAAAAUCCAAGUAAUAGUGACACCUUCUCUGUACAUAAGUAGGAGAUAUUUGGUUAAAAUUAAUUUUUUUUUAUAUAUAUAUUCCUUUCCUGCAACAAAAUAUUUAUUAACAUUG